UUGAAAUGCCUGGAGGAAGACGGUAACAAAAGCGAAAGCCACACAGAACGAAUUUAUCAGCUCUGAGCAAUGCUAAAGAUUUUAUUCUGUCUCAUGCAUUACACAGAUUUGUGUAUAAUGCACUGCAUUUAAGGACUUAUAUAUUACACGUUUAUUUCUGAAGGAUGUUGAUCUGAUAUAUACGAGUCUUCUUCCACUGGAAACAGAUCUCGGUGGUUUUCUCAAGGUGAGCGCGAGAAACGAUUGAAGAUGACCAACUGCACGCUGAACAUCACCACAGGCAUCCAGAACUUCCAGCUGGCCGCGCUCAUACCAACCUUCAUCCUCGGUGUCCCGGGAAACAUUUACGUCUUGGUGAUGUUCUGCCGACGUCCCAGAACCAAAUGGACCUACAUGAACAUCUACAUCAGCAACAUGGCGAUCGCCGACUGCGUCGUGCUCGCGCUCGUCCCCGUCCGCAUCGCGUCCUACAUUGGGGGCACUCUCAAUCACCUAAAGUACAAAGAGCUGUGUUUCGUCUUCCAGUCGAUUUAUUACGUCAACAUGUACGUCAGCAUCUUCACGGUCACUGCUAUAAGCGUCGUGCGCUACGUGGCCAUCAAGUAUCCGCUAAAAGCGCGGGAGAUUUUAUGUUGUAGGAAGGCACUGGUGGUUUGCGUGCUCAUUUGGCUGGUCAUUUGCUCGAUGAGCGCCAUGUUCCACCACGUGGACAAACCGGAUAGAAAUGAUACGUUCAAGUGCUUUCAGAAAAACCAAGAAAAAGCAUUACCAUUGAGCUUCGUUUUGUCUCUAAACAUCAUUGGGUUCCUCGUGCCGUGUCUUAUCAUGUUGUUCUGCUCCCUUAGAGUCAUUUUCAAACUGAAGAAACAGCUGGGAAUCGGCUCCCGCUCUGAGAAGCUCCAGUGUAUGUAUAUCAUCGCCGCCAAUCUGACUGUUUUCGUCAUUUGUUUUUUUCCAUUCCACUUUGGCUUUCUCCUCAAGUACAUCAUGCAGGCUCAUAGGUACGACUGCGAUGCACAGUUUUUCGCACAUAAUUUCGUUCAUGGCGCAAUGUGUGUGUCCAGCAUGAACUCCGCUCUCGACUGCGUCAGUUAUUAUUUUGCCACCAAAACAUCACGGAAACUGUGCUUCUCGAAACAAACCACAAGUGAGGAAUAUGAGUGCAAUUAUAACAGGGUCACGCAAUGAAUAUAUAUAUAUUAAAACUAGUUUCACGCAAUAUAUAUUUUAUUUUGGCAACCUUGGAACAUUAACUUGGUGCUUUAAUUUGGAACAUUAACUUGGACCAAAAAAUUGGAGCCUUAAUUUGGAACAUUAACUUGGUGCCUUAAUUUGGAACAUUAAUAACUUGGACCAAAAAAUUUGAGCCUUAAAAAAAUUGAACAUUAACUUGGUGCCUUAAUUUGGAACAUUAAUAACUUGGACCAAAAAAUUUGAGCCUUAAAAAAAUUGAACAUUAACUUGGUGCCUUAAUUUGGACCAAAAAAUUGGAGCCUUAAUUUGGAACAUUAACUUAGCCAAUCUGGAAAACUGCCAAUCCAGUUACUUGGCCAAUAAUUAAUUAUUUAAUUAUUAUUAAUUAAUAAUGAAUGUUAACUUGGAACAUUAACUUAACUUGGAGCCUUAAUUUGCAACAUUAAUUUAGAACAUUAAACUAGGGUUUAUUAAGAAAAUGUUUACGCUAGUUUUAUUUAAUGAAAUACACAUGCGUAUUUUUGUGUAAACAUUUUUUCAUACAAAAUCUAUUUUUAAUUAUAUAUCCAGUAAAGUUUGAUGAUGGUAUUAAUAAAUACAAACUAACCGAGAUCUGAAAUGUGGGCUGCAUGUGCAGUUUUAACGUAAUUUUAUAAUGAUAAUCUUUAAAUUUAUAGAUUUCCUUUUGAGUUAACUUUAUUUUUGCUCUCAUCAAAAUUUUAGCAAACAUUAUAUAUAUAUAUAUAUAAAGUUUGUAAAAAUACAUUAUAUAUAAAAAAUGUCAACCUAAGCAUUCGUGUAACAUUUGGCACUGAUUUUGGAAUUUGUAUUUUUAUGAAUGUAAAUACAUAUGAUUUUUUACUUUUUUGAUGUUUUACAACAAACAUAAUGAAAAAAAAUUACAAAAAAAGAAAUCCAAGAAAAAAAAGUGUAAAUCUAGAAAUUUACAAAUUUUUGCUAAUAAUUGCUGCUAAAAGCUUUUGUGAUGUUGUAUUAUGCCAAGAUUUUAUUUUGCUUGAACUGCUUGAAAAAGUAAGACUUCUGCUGAAAAUCAGGGUAUUUUUGAGUGAGCUUUACAUUAAUGUUUUAAAAGCGCUUCUGAUAUGUUUCUGUGUAUUUGAUCAGUCAGGGAUGUAGAAAUGAAAUCUGAUCCGUGUUGGUGCUGUUUGUUCUUCAUCUGACGGUGUUUUGUCUCUGAAUGCCAUCUUCUGGUCACACACUGUCUGGACUCCUGUCUUCUGGAUCUAUAAGCACAUGACUCUAGUAAUGCCAGUAUUAUCCUGUUGGAGAAAUAAAUCAUCUAACAAA